UCAUUCAGGCGUUGUGGCCAUGAUUGAAUGAAAACACUACUGUCUCCGUCUAAACACGUCGAUACGCUUUUGCUCGUUGCAAGUGCAAAAUGUGCACACGUGUGUGGCCGUGAGAAAGAUUUACGAAUUCCCUUUAAUUAUGUUUUCUACACUUGGCCCCUCUACGGGAUUCAGUUUUGCUUUUGAGCGCAAACGAUUUAAGAUACGAUUGAAGAGAGCGAACAUAACCUCGUCCCACUCGCAACUGCACUCUGCUUCGUGGCUUACAGUACUCCGGUGUACUGUGCAUGUGUUGUCGGAGGUUAUGUGUUUCUCGGCCGACACGAAGAGGUUAGGUACAGUCGUGGUAUGUCGCGGAGCGUACAGCGCGAACGAUGAACAAGUUGUUGUCCACGCCGAUCAGGGAGGUUAGUCAGAGGAUCUACGGUGGCACGGUGCGGCCUUCCGAGAUCUGCGAGGCGUCCGUCAGGUUGACAUCGGUCGUCAAACCUCUGAACGCCUACACCGCCGUGACAGGCGAUGUCGCGCGAGAACAAGCGCGCGACGCGGACGUGAGGCAACAGGGGAACUCGUUGUUGGGCCAACUCGACGGCAUCCCCGUCGCCAUCAAAGACAAUUACUGCGUCAAGGGUAAACCUACGACCUGCGCAUCUCGUAUGUUAGCCAACUUCUCGCCCGGCUACGAUGCCACGGUCUAUGAGAGGCUCAGGAAGCAGGGCGCUGUCUUGAUCGGCAAGACUAAUCUCGAUGAAUUCGCCAUGGGCUCAGGCACUAUAGACUCGAUUUAUGGGCCGACAAAGAAUAUAUGGGGCUCGCAGGUGUCGUCGCAAUUCUAUUCCUGCGAGUCUGCCACUUCAAAGCUCACUUCAGGGGAAACGCAGGAGAAAGAUACUUGGCACAUAGCAGGUGGCAGUAGCGGAGGAUCUGCAAUCGCAGUAGCCACAGGUACCUGCUAUGCGGCCCUGGGCUCUGACACCGGUGGUUCCACUCGCAAUCCUGCGUCUUAUUGCGGCCUGGUCGGGCUGAAACCGACUUACGGUCUGGUGUCUCGUUAUGGUCUCAUUCCGCUGCUGAAUUCUAUGGACGUGCCUGGUAUUCUCGCGAGAACGGUGGACGACACGGCGUUGAUCUUGAACGCUAUAGCCGGACCUGACCCAUUGGAUCCCACUACUGUGCAGAGAAAGUACCAGCCGAUUACUUUGUCCGAGACGAUAGAUGUUAGCAAUCUCAAUAUCGGUAUACCGAAGGAGUAUGGGGUUCGUGGUAUAAGCGAGGAGGUGAAGGCGUGUUGGGAUGAGGUCUCCCGUCACUUGGCGGAGGCGGGAGCGAAUAUCAUGCCGGUGUCUUUGCCGCACACCGACUACUCCAUAGUGUGUUACUCGGUUUUAAAUCGAUGCGACGUGGCCAGCAAUUUGGCCUGCUAUGACGGUAUCGAGUACGGUCACAGAGCCGACGAAUGGAGCACUAUUCAUGACUUGUACAAGAAGAGCAGGUCGGAGGGCUUCAACGACGUGGUCAAAGGUCGCAUAUUGGUCGGUAAUUAUUUUCUAUUAGCCGAGAAUUACAACGAGUAUUAUAUGAAAGCGAUGAAGAUGCGCCGACUAAUUACUCAAGACUUUGACGUUCUGUGGGAUAAUAAUGUGGAUCUCCUGUUGACGCCGACUACAUUGACUGAAGCCCCCCGUUAUGAGGAUUUCGUGUUGUUGGACAAUCAGACGCAGUGUCUGAUUCAGGAUCACUGUACGCAACCGGCGAACAUGGCCGGUCUGCCCGCGAUCAACGUGCCGAUUAGACUAUCUCGCGCAGGUCUGCCUUUGUCCUUGCAAUUAAUGGCACCGUCUUUCCACGAGCACAAGCUACUCACCGUGGCAAAGUGGAUCGAACAAACGGUGCGGUUUCCGCGACUCGAAUUAAAGGACUCGUGUUUGCUCGAAUAAAGUAGGAAAACAGA